AUGGAUCGCAAUAAGAUUAUGAUGAAGAUAAUUGAGGAUCCAGUAUCUCGUCAACAAUUCUACUCAAAAUGUAAGGAUAGCAUUGUUAAGAAGUCAAAUGAGUUGGGGCUUUUAUGUGACACAAAUAUUGCACUGUUAAUGGUCUCUCCAAAUGGUGAAGUGACCAGCUAUUCUGGAGGAGAAAGUUUUGAGGAUAUUAUGAUCAAUGCAAUGAACCAAUUUGAUGAACUAAAUCAACAAUUUACUCCAAAUCCAAAUGAACAGGAUCAUAAGAAGAAGCUUAAUGAGGUCGAACAAACACUACAUGAAGCACAGGAGAAAAUAAGUUCUUACGAACCACAAGCGGAGAAUAUCAACACAGUCGAAGAAGCUGAUGCAUAUGAGCAGUAUCUUCUGGGUGUUAUAGGACGGAUUCAACUAUCCAAAGCAAAAUUCUUGGAUAAUCAGGAAUUUCUGAAGAGAAAUGAAAAUGUCGCGAUGGCUUCGGUCAACGCAGAGGAUAUAGCUCCUAUAGGUAACGACUAA